AUGCAACGAGAAACAGCACAGUAUCUUUUCCGAAGUGGCAAUUCUCUCGGAAAAGGGCAAAUCUGUAUUCAGAACACUAGAGAAUGCAACGAGAAACAGCACCAGUAUCUUUUCCGAAGUGGCAAUUCUCUCGGAAAAGGGCAAAUCUGUAUUCAGAACACUAGAAAUGCAACGAGAAACAGCACCAGUAUCUUUUCCGAAGUGGCAAUUCUCUCGGAAAAGGGCAAAUCUGUAUUCAGAACACUAGAGAAUGCAACGAGAAACAGCACCAGUAUCUUUUCCGAAGUGGCAAUUCUCUCGAAAAAGGGCAAAUCUGUAUUCAGAACACUAGAGAAUGCAACGAGAAACAGCACCAGUAUCUUUUCCGAAGUGGCAAUUCUCUCGGAAAAGGGCAAAUCAGUAUUCAGAACACUAGAGAAUGCAACGAGAAACAGCACCAGUAUCUUUUCCGAAGUGGCAAUUCUCUCGGAAAAGGGCAAAUCUGUAUUCAGAACACUAGAGAAUGCAACGAAAACAGCACCAGUAUCUUUUCGAAGUGGCAAUUCUCUCUCGAAGGGCAAAUCUGUAUUCAGAACACUAGAGAAUGCAACGAGAAAACAGCACCAGUAUCUUUUCCGAAGUGGCAAUUCUCUCGGAAGAGGGCAAAUCUGUAUUCAGAACACUAGAACGAAAAUAGCACCAGUAUCUUUUCCGCAAUUCUCUCGGAGAAAAUCAGCACCAGUAUCUUUUCGAAGUGGCAAUUCUCUCGGAAAAGGGCAAAUCUGUAUUCAGAACGUAUUCAGAACACUAGAGAAUGCAACGAGAAACAGCACCAGUAUCUUUUCCGAAGUGGCAAUUCUCUCGGAAAGGGCAAAUCUGUAUUCAGAACACUAG